AUGGCACCACCCCAUGCGCCCAAAGCACAGAUCCCAGCAACCUUCCAAGGCCCUUUGCAGGUCAUAGCAGCCGGGCUUCCUCGAUGCGCGACGUCGACACUGAAAGAAGUCUUCGAAGACCACCUUGCUAUCGGUCCGUGUAUGCAUAUGAAUCGGUGCCUGCCCCAUCCCGCGACCAUGAAACUUGUCCAUGACGCCCUGCGCGAACCCGACACGGCCAAACGCCGCGCGAUCUUGUACAAGCUGUUCGACGGCUACGCCGCCACUGCCGAUUUUCCGGGACACCUCUUCAUCGAGGACCUGAUCGACAUGUACCCCAAGGCCAAGGUUGUGCUUAACGUCCGCAAGGGCGGUGCGGCAGACUGGGAAGCCAGCAUGAAGACGACCAUUGCGCCCUUCAUGUCCUGGCAGUACCGGGUGGCGUGCUGGUGGAGCGUGCCGGACUGGUGGCAUUAUCAGACGGAGAUGGCAUGGGUAGAUGAUGUCAAGAAACGGUUUGGAGUGGACCACUUUUGGGACGCCGCCGCAUACGAUGCCCAUAAUGAAUGGGUGAAGAGGGAAAGAGCCGACAGUGCCGUUGCCUAG